ACGGACGCAGACAGUUGGCUCAGUUGUAUUUGGCUAGCAUGUCGCAGCAGAGGUUAACCAUUAACGUUUCCACCACCAGCUCCAGGGCGCGAUGGCGCUACCUCAAGCUGCGCGCCGAGAAUCGAGCGCGAGUGGCCGCCUUCUUUGGCGAGCUGGUGGGCACGGCCACGUUCAUAUUCGUCGCCUGCAUGGGCUGUGUGACCACGCCCCUGUUUCUCAACUCACACUUCGAGCUGAGCCUGAACUUCGGGUUGGCCAUUCUGAUUGCCAUACAGAGCUUCGGCUCCAUUUCGGGCGCCCAUCUCAAUCCGGCAAUCACGCUGGCGGCCCUGAUCUACGGCGUCAUCAACUGGUACAUGGCCAUAGCGUACCUGGUGGCCCAGGUGGCAGGCGGCUUGAUUGGCUACGGCCUGCUGAAGGCUGUGCUGCCCCUGAACGCCAUUGUGGGCGUGGACGAGCCGGCGGGCGUUUGUGUCACAGUUCUGAGCAAGGACAUUUCGGUGCUGCAGGGCGUCUUCAUUGAGCUGCUGAUCACCUGCUUCCUGACCAUGGUCGCCUGCUCGGUGUGGGAUCCGCGCAAUGCCAAGCUGAAGGAUUCGGUGCCCAUUCGCUUCGGCCUGACAGUUUCGUGCCUCAACUUGGCGGCGGGCCUGUUCACUGGCUCCAGCAUGAAUCCGACCCGCUCGCUGGGCCCGGCGGUGUGGAACAAUUCCUGGCAGAACCACUGGAUCUACUGGGUGGGUCCGCUGGUUGGCGCCGCAAUCACCUCGAUCAUCUAUCGAUUGGCAUUCAAGGGCCGCAGCGAGGAGGAGCUCGAGCUGCGCACCUCAAAUGCCCAAAUCAAUUUCAUUGAUAAAGUUUAGC